AAAAACUAUGGUCAAAAACAUCGUUAAUUCAGGCCUGACGGGAUAUAUCAAGAGAGAGAAACUGCAAGACCGUCUUCGCAGUAUCUUCCAAGAAGAGAUCAUAGUUUCCCACUAUAAUGGGUUAUUCUAUUUUGACGCGCCGAGACUAGUAAACGAGGAUGAAAUCGAGUAUGACUGGCCCGAUCCCCCAACCCCACCUGGGAUCCCUGACUGAUCG